GGAGGAGGAGGAGGAGGAGGGAGCCGGGGGAGGAUCGCCAUUGAAAUAAACAAGCAGGCAGCAGUUAUUAACACGGGAACAUGGCGGCCGCAGCCUCAGCCGCGGCUUGGGCGGCGAAGGUCAGCGCCGACGGCCGCCGGCACCUGACGGCGUGAGCGACCCGAGCCGAUUUCUCUUGGAUUUGGAAACAAAUUGAUAGAUCUUCUGCACUGUGUACAGGCACAGUUGCUGAUAUGUGUUCAAGAUGAGUGGGAUGGGAGAAAACACCUCUGACCCAUCCAGGGCAGAGACACGAAAGCGCAAGGAAUGUCCUGACCAGCUUGGACCCAGCCCUAAGAGAAGCACUGAGAAGCGUAAUCGUGAACAGGAAAACAAAUACAUUGAAGAACUUGCAGAACUAAUUUUUGCAAAUUUCAACGAUAUAGACAACUUUAACUUCAAACCUGACAAAUGUGCAAUCUUAAAAGAAACUGUGAAGCAAAUUCGUCAGAUCAAAGAACAGGAGAAAACAGCAGCCACCAACAUAGAUGAAGUACAGAAGUCGGAUGUCUCAUCCACAGGGCAGGGGGUCAUCGACAAGGAUGCGCUGGGGCCCAUGAUGCUUGAGGCCCUUGAUGGGUUCUUCUUUGUAGUGAACCUGGAAGGCAGCGUUGUGUUUGUUUCAGAGAAUGUGACACAGUACCUAAGGUAUAACCAAGAAGAACUUAUGAACAAAAGUGUGUAUAGCAUCCUGCAUGUUGGGGACCACACUGAAUUUGUAAAAAACCUGCUGCCAAAGUCUAUAGUGAAUGGGGGAUCGUGGUCUGCCGAGCCCCCGAGGCGGAACAGCCAUACCUUCAACUGUCGGAUGCUGGUAAAACCUCUUCCUGACUCAGAAGAGGAGAACCAUGACAACCAGGAGGGACACCAGAAGUAUGAAACUAUGCAGUGCUUUGCCGUCUCUCAACCAAAGUCCAUCAAAGAAGAAGGAGAAGAUCUGCAGUCCUGCUUGAUCUGUGUGGCGAGAAGAGUUCCCAUGAAGGAAAGACCAGUUCUCCCCUCUUCAGAAAGUUUCACUACUCGUCAGGAUCUCCAAGGGAAGAUCACAUCCCUAGAUACCAGCACCAUGAGGGCAGCCAUGAAGCCGGGCUGGGAGGACCUGGUGAGGCGGUGCAUUCAGAAGUUUCAUGCCCAGCACGAAGGGGAAUCUGUCUCCUAUGCUAAGAGGCAUCAUCAUGAAGUGCUGAGACAAGGACUGGCGUUCAGUCAAAUCUAUCGUUUUUCCUUGUCUGAUGGCACUCUUGUUGCUGCACAAACGAAGAGCAAACUCAUCCGUUCUCAGACUACUAACGAACCUCAGCUUGUCAUAUCUUUACAUAUGCUUCACAGAGAGCAGAAUGUAUGUGUAAUGAAUCCGGAUCUGACUGGACAAGCGAUGGGGAAGCCAUUGAACCCAAUUAGCUCUAGCAGCCCCGCCCAUCAGGCCAUGUGCAGUGGGAACCCGGGUCAGGACAUGAGCCUCAAUAGCAAUAUGAAUUUCCCCAUCAAUGGCCCAAAGGAGCAGAUGGGCAUGCCCAUGGGCAGGUUCGGGGGUUCCGGGGGAAUGAACCAUGUGGCAAGCAUGCAGGCAACCACUCCUCAGGGUAGUAACUAUGCACUCAAAAUGAACAGUCCCUCACAGAGCAGCCCUGGCAUGAACCCAGGGCAGCCCAACUCCAUGCUUUCACCAAGGCAUCGCAUGAGCCCCGGCGUGGCCGGGAGCCCUCGGAUCCCACCCAGUCAGUUUUCCCCUGCAGGAAGCUUGCAUUCCCCCGUGGGAGUGGGAGUCUGCAGCAGCACAGGAAAUAGCCAUAGCUACACCAACAGUUCCCUCAACGCACUUCAGGCCCUCAGCGAGGGCCACGGGGUCUCACUAGGGUCAUCGCUGGCUUCCCCGGACCUGAAAAUGGGCAACUUGCAAAACUCCCCCGUCAGCAUGAACCCUCCCCCGCUCAGCAAGAUGGCGAGCUUAGACUCCAAAGACUGUUUUGGACUUUAUGGGGAGCCAUCUGAAGGUACAACUGGACAAGCAGAGAGCAGCUGCCACCCCGGAGAACAAAAGGAAACAAAUGAUCCCAGCAUCCCCCAGGCCUUGAGCGGGGAGCGGGCUGAUGGACAGAGCAGACUGCACGACAGCAAAGGGCAGACCAAACUCCUCCAGCUGUUGACCACCAAAUCUGACCAGAUGGAGCCUUCCCCCUUGUCCGGCUCUUUGUCGGACACCAACAAGGACUCCACGGGGAGCCUGCCCGGUUCUGGGACGACGCACGGCACCUCGCUCAAGGAGAAGCAUAAGAUUUUGCACAGACUCUUGCAGGAUAGCAGUUCCCCUGUGGACUUGGCGAAGUUGACGGCAGAAGCCACAGGCAAGGAGCUGAGCCAGGAGGCCAACAGCACGGCGCCUGGCUCUGACGUGACGAUUAAACAGGAACCCGUGAGCCCCAAGAAGAAAGAGAAUGCACUACUCCGCUAUUUGCUAGACAAAGAUGAUACUAAAGAUAUCGGUUUGCCAGAAAUCACCCCCAAACUCGAGCGGCUGGACAGUAAAACUGACCCUGCCAGUAACACAAAAUUAAUAGCUAUGAAGACUGAGAAGGAGGAGAUGAACUUUGAGCCCAGUGACCAGCCUGGCAGUGAACUGGACAACUUGGAGGAGAUUUUGGAUGAUUUGCAGAAUAGUCAAUUGCCACAGCUUUUCCCAGACACGAGGCCAGGUGCCCCGACUGGAUCCGUAGACAAGCAAGCCAUCAUCAAUGAUCUCAUGCAACUCACAGCGGAAAACAGCCCGGUCACACCUGUUGGAACCCAGAAAACAGCAUUGCGAAUUUCACAGAGCACUUUUAGUAACCCACGACCAGGGCAACUGGGCAGGUUAUUGCCAAACCAGAAUUUACCACUUGACAUCACAUUGCAAAGCCCAACUGGUGCUGGACCUUUCCCACCAAUCAGAAACAGUAGUCCCUACUCAGUGAUUCCUCAGCCAGGAAUGAUGGGUAACCAAGGGAUGAUAGGAAACCAAGGAAAUUUAGGGAACAGUAGUACAGGAAUGAUGGGCAGUAAUGCUGCUCGGCCCACUAUGCCCUCAGGGGAAUGGGUGCCACAGAAUUCCGCCGUGAGAGUCACCUGUGCGGCCACCACCAGUGCCAUGAACCGGCCGAUCCAAGGAGGUAUGAUUCGGAACCCCACAGCCAGCAUCCCAAUGAGACCCAACAACCAGCCUGGCCAAAGGCAGAUGCUUCAGUCUCAGGUCAUGAAUAUAGGGCCUUCUGAACUAGAAAUGAAUAUGGGGGGACCUCAGUACAGCCAGCAACAAGCUCCUCCGAACCAGACCGCCCCCUGGCCUGAGAGCAUCCUUCCUAUCGACCAGACUUCCUUCGCCAGCCAGAACAGGCAACCAUUUGGCAGCUCCCCCGACGACCUGCUGUGUCCACAUCCCACAGCCGAGUCACCGAGCGACGAGGGGGCGCUUCUGGACCAGCUCUAUUUGGCCUUGAGGAAUUUCGAUGGCCUGGAAGAGAUCGACAGAGCCUUGGGAAUACCUGAACUGGUCAGCCAGAGCCAAGCCGUAGACCCUGAGCAGUUCUCAAGUCAGGAUACCAACCUCCUGCUGGAGCAGAAAACCCCCGUUUUCCCCCAGCAGUACGCAUCUCAGGCACAGAUGGCCCAGGGCAGCUACACCCCCAUGCAGGACCCCAACUUCCAUACCAUGGGACAGCGGCCCAGCUACGCCACACUCCGCAUGCAGCCCAGGCCGGGCCUCAGACCCACCGGCUUGGUGCAGAACCAGCCGAACCAGCUGCGACUCCAGCUGCAGCAUCGCCUGCAAGCACAGCAGAAUCGCCAGCCAAUUAUGAACCAGAUCAGCAACGUUUCCAAUGUGAACCUGACUCUGAGGGCCGGCGUCCCGACACAGGCACCUAUUAAUGCACAGAUGCUGGCCCAGAGGCAGAGGGAAAUCCUGAACCAGCAUCUUCGGCAGAGACAAAUGCAUCAGCAACAGCAAGUUCAGCAACGAACUUUGAUGAUGAGAGGACAAGGGCUGAACAUGACCUCAAGCAUGGUGGCUCCUAGUGGCAUAGCAGCAACUCUGAGCAACCCCCGGAUCCCCCAGGCAAAUGCACAGCAGUUCCCAUUUCCACCAAACUACGGAAUAAGUCAGCAGCCUGACCCAGGCUUUACUGGGGCCACAACACCCCAGAGUCCUCUGAUGUCACCCAGAAUGGCGCAUACGCAGAGCCCGCUGAUGCAGCAGACUCAGGCCAACCCCGCCUACCAGGCCUCCUCUGACAUGAACGGAUGGGCACAGGGGAACAUGGGAGGAAACGGCAUGUUUUCACAACAGUCCCCACCACACUUCGGGCAGCAAGCAAACACCAGCAUGUACAAUAACAAUAUGAACAUCAACGUCUCCAUGGCGACCAACACAGGUGGGAUGAGCAACAUGAACCAGAUGACCGGACAGAUCAGCAUGACCUCAGUGACCUCCGUGCCUACGUCGGGGCUAUCCUCUAUGGGUCCCGAGCAGGUGAAUGACCCUGCCCUGAGGGGAGGCAACCUUUUCCCCAACCAGCUGCCUGGAAUGGAUAUGAUUAAGCAGGAGGGAGAUGCAUCACGGAAGUACUGCUGACGCUGAAGGCGGCUGGUUGCUUCUUACUUAGCUGACUGGGCUCACUUGCUCAAAACACUUACCCGUCUGGAGAGCUGCGUCCAUUUGUUUUGACCCAACUGAUCUGCCAGCCAGUUCUGCCUGAGCAAGAUCCACGGAGGGGCCUGGGCCCUUGGCUCCCAGGCGGAGCCAAGCGGCCGUUCCCGGAGGAGCUGCCUCUCCUCGCCACAGUCUGAAGCUCGCGUCCAGACCGUCUCAGUCUGUUCACUGCAUUCACCUUAGUGCAACUUAGAUCUCUCCUGCAAAGUAAAUGUCGACAGGCAAAUUUCAUACCCAUGUCAGAUUGAAUGUAUUUAAAUGUAUGUAUUUAAGGAAAACAACCAUGCUCUUGUUCUGUUCCUGUUUGGUUCCAGACACUGGUUUCUUGCUUUGUUUUUUUUUUUUUUUUCCCCUGGCUACUCAGUCUAGCGCAAACAAUUAAGAAUUUCAUCUGGGGGAAAGAAAAGAGGGAUUUUAUUAUUAUUAAUUAUUAUUAUUUAAAGGCAAAAGCUAAAGGUCUUUCCAGCUGACGCCUGCAUCUGGGAUGGAAGCAAGGCCGACACCAUGGACAAUGCAGUUCGAAGACCAGGAAAGUCACGCGUGUAUCUCGUGUAUCUCAUGUAUCUCGUAGGAAGCUCAAAACAUUGGGAAGAAUUUACAGUCACUGCGAAGGCGAAGUAGCCUGUGAGAGGGCUACUAAUGUUGACAAGUACUUUGUUCCCUUUUUAUUCUCUGUUAAAACCAAACUAGUUGGCCCAGUUGUGAAUCAAGAAGAAAUGGUUUUUUGUUUCCAAGUGAUGCUCUUGUUUCCAAGUGAUGCUCUUUCCAUUGUUCAGACAGCUUUGGACCCCAUCUCUUCCCGUCUAACCCUGACACUCCCCGCCGCCGCCUCUCUCCUCCCCACUUCUUCCCGACUUCAUUCAUUUGUUACAAAAUAAUGUAAGCAAGAGAAACCAGGUAAACCCUUGAUUUCCUUAUGUGCUUUGCCAGCCACUUAACACUCGCUAUUAAAUUUCAGAAAAAAAUUUUAAAAAGUGCAUUUACUGGCAAGGAGAGGAGAAAGUUAGGACUUGCUACUAAUCCAACUAAGGAAGCCUGCUUUGGAAGCAUGUUCAUUGUGCCCCCCCCCCCAGCCCCCCAGCAACACUGGCCCACAAAAUGGGAGAAAAUAAUACUGCAUUUCAAAUUGACCGCAGAUAUCACGACAGAUUUAACUCUGCCAUGUGUUUUUAUUUUGUUUUUUAGCAGUGCUGACUAAGCCGACGUUUUGUAAGGUACAUAAACUCCAAUUUCUAUGUAAACAAGCAAUAAUUUAAGUUGAGAACUUAAGUGUUUUAAUUGUAUAAUUUUUGUGAGGUAUACAUAUUGUGGAAUUGACUCAAAAAUGAGGUACUUCAGUAUUAAAUUAGAUAUAUUCAUAGCAAUGUCUCCUAAAGGUGUUUUGUAAAGCAUAUCAAGGCCUUGAUUAGACCUAAUUUGUAGACUUAAGACUUUUUAUUUUCUAAACCUUGUGAUUCUGCUCAUAAAUCAUUUAUGUAAUCUAUAUGAUAUGCAGCCACUGUAGGAACCAAUUCUUGAUUUUUAUAUGUUUAUAUUCUUUCUUAACGAACCUUAGAAAGACUACAUGUUACUAAGCAGGCCACUUUUAGGGUUGUUUUUCUUGCCCACUCUGGUAGGGGAUAAUCUUUUAUGAUUAUUGGCAUCAGUUUCGGACAACAGCAAUACCAAGAAACUGAAUGCCUUUUUUGAACUAUUUCUCUCCCACCCCAAACACGUACUUUCUUACCUAAAUUUCAGAAUGAUGUCCUUUUGAUGUCUAAAACGCAAAGCAUUUUCUAUCUCAUCAGCCAGGCCUUUUAGGAACAGAGAGGUUUUCCCUUGAAAUCUGGUUGUGUAUUUGUGGCAGGGUAAAGAUAAGUGUAAAAACAACCCCUAUUUAUAUUUAUAUCUCUCUCUAUAUGUACAGAUGAUGGAAGUAUAGGAAGAGAUAUAGCCCAAAGAUCAGUGGUAAGUAGACAGUCUCGUAGUGCUGCUCCACACUAAAGAAACGUUCGGGAAAUUUGCAUUUCGGUACUUCUUCCACUUGAGAGGGCUCAUACUACAGGGAGGUGGCCGAGGAACAGCACCUCUCAGUGGCCACCAGCUCACAUGUCCCCCUCAGAAGGCUCUACUUUCUCUCAACCAAAAUAUUGGGUUGCCCAAAUGUGAUGGAAAACACGAGCAGAUGUUGGCCCAGAACUCCAUAGCCUCAGAGUUAGGUGAGGUUUGCGUUACACCGAUUUAACGUGACCCUGAUAAUGUUUCAGCUGAUUUUCAGAAACCCGAGCAUUCGGAUGACUCUUAAGUUCACACAGCACAAGAGAGAAACGAAAAUUAGACUGGAUUUGUUUUACUGAGUUUUAAAUCCCUUUUCACGCUAACACUGCCCCCAAAUGCCUGUGUGUGUGUGUGUUUCAUUUUGGUUUUUUUUUUUGUUACUGUUUCUGGUUUUUUAUCAUUUGUCCCACUGCCCACUGUGUUUUAAUGUCAGUCCCAACUCAGAAAUCUGCAAGCCAGCGACACUGGUUGUUUGGGAUUAUUCAUGAUCGUUACUGUUUUGAAGGAAAGGAGGUUAUAAAUUCUCUUAUGGCUCAGAUCAGGUAAUGGAUUUUGCUUUGCAUCUAAUUAAGAGAAGAAAAGUAAGUGAAGGAAACCUCUGAUCAUAUUGAUCACUAUAGAAGCAAAAGCCAAAUCAAUGCCCUUCAUGAUCAGUAUUUCUCAUGCUCUACACAGUGAAUUUGUUAGGAUGAGUACUUGGUUUUUGUUUAAUAGAACAAAUAAUCAGUGUUUUACUUAUAUUACUAAAUGUGAAAAACAUAAUGUGAAAAGUAUACAUACAUUAACUUGGUUGUAAAACUCAUUUACACGUUCAUGUAAUGUGGUAAGUUUAAAAAGUGAAGUGAGCUGUUUUACUAUAAUGAAUUCGUUUGACUCGAAGAUUAAAAAUGCCCCGUCCCACGUGUAUCUCUUAUGGCUUGUAAUAAUUGAAAGCAAUGUUUUUGCAGUUUAUAUAAUGCAGUUUUUAAUCUGUGUUUAAAAAUGGAGUUCAUAUGGGCUUAACACAUGAAAUGGGUGGCACAGAUCCACUUGCAGAACCCAAAGAUACACAAUCAAUUUUGAAAUGCAACUUAAGCCAUUAAUUGUUGGUGUGAAUUUAAAAUUUUCUAGUAUUUGUAUGGUAGUGUGCUGCCUAAGAGCAAAGCAUUCUCUGCACAAAAGAAAAUUACUGUAGUGGCUUCAAUUUUAAUUAGAAUUUUCUCCCUGGUGUUUCUUUAUAGACUAAAACAAAAUCUUUUAAGUUUCUUACUACAGGUAAAAGCUAUGUGCAAGAACCUCAAAAUGCUAAAAUCUAGCAUAAUGCCUUAGAUCUGUUUUUAAGUCUUGUAUAUUCCUACAUAGCUGUCCGAUGUAUUAUAUUUGUAUAGUGAAUUGUGUACAAUUUUUGAAUAAGUGCAUCAUCACUUAACCUUUAUGUUGUUGAAUAGUGAUGAUGAUACAUUUCUUCAAACAUUUAACUGUCUUUUUUUUUUCCUUUGUCAUUUGUGGGUUUUAUUUGUACAGUUCCUCAUGAAGUUGCAUCUGAGAUGUGUGUAUAUGAAAAGAUUAUACAAGGGUAAAAUUAAGCAAUAUAUUAACUAUGGUUCUUCAGGAGAAAGCUUACAGUGUUUCAGGUUGUGAUUUAUUUUCAAAAUGGAGUUGACUCUGAACAUCACUUUGUUCACCUGCAUUGAUGUUUGUAUUUGUAGUGUGAGCAGUUUAUGCAAAGGUAGAUAUAUUCAGAGAAAUUUUAAAUACAUUUAUGCAAGUUAAUAUUGCUUUGCUGAUGCUAUUUGCUUAUUUGAUGUUAAAUAAUGCUAUUGUAAAUAAAGAAUUCUGUUGUUAUUGCAUCAUUUAAUAAAUUUUAAUGCCUUCGGGUUUUA